AUGGCUACAUUGAUUGGCCUACUAUGGACCCCACUGUCCUUGUUGCUUCUCCUGUUUGGAGGGCCUGCCUGCCUGAAGACCCAGGAUUACCCCAGAUGUUCAGAACCCAGGGAACUGGAAGCCAGCAAAGUGGUCCUUCUGCCCAGUUGUCCAGGAGCCCCAGGGAGCCCAGGGGAGAAAACUGCCUUUGGGAUUUCAGGACAACCUGGUCCACCAGGGAAGACGGGUCCCAAGGGUGAGCCUGGAGAUCCAGCAAGCCUGUUCCCAUGCCAGGAGGGCCCCAAGAGCUGUCAGGAACUGCUGAGUUGGGGUGCUACUUUGAGUGGCUGGUACCAUUUGUAUCUUCCAGAGGGCAGGGUCCUCCCAGUCUUUUGCAACAUGGACACUUCUCGGGGUUGCUGGCUGGUGUUCCAGAGGCGACAGGAUGGUUCUGUGAAUUUCUUCCGCUCUUAGACCUCCUACAAAGCAGGUUUUGGGAGACAGGAGUCCGAAUUCUGGCUGGGGAAUGAGAACUUGUACCAACUCACUCUGGAGGGUACCUGGGAAUUGCGGGUAGAGCUGGAAGACUUCAAUGGCACCCGUACCUCCGAGAAUUAUGCCACCUUCCGUCUCCUUGGGGAGAAGGACUGCUACCGGCUGGUGCUGGGCUCAUUCUUAGAGGGCACUGCCGGGGACUCCCUAGGCUCCCACAGGGGUCAGCCCUUUUCUACCCAGGACGCAGACCACGAUUCAAGCAGCGACAACUGAGCUGUGACCGUCCACGGUGCCUGGUGGUACCAUUCCUGCUAUCAAGCCAAUUUCAAUGGGCGAUAUGCUGCAUCUGAGGCCACUGCCCAUAAGUAUGGCAUUGACUGGGCCUCGGGCAGAGGUGUGGGUCGCCCCUACCGCAAGGUUCGAAUGAUGCUGCAUUAGGGUACCCUGGCUAUCAGAGCCCUUAUCACUCCGUACAGCUUCCGGCCCCUCCCUCAGUCACCUCCUCCGUCACCUCCUCCGUGUCAACUGCCUCUGUU